AUGGCAAGAAAUCUUCCUAACCUGAAGUUGAAGAGCGUUGUUUCUGAUAGUGAUAGCAGUGAUAAUGAAAAUGAAACAAAGGACACUGGAAAAAACUUAGACCUUUCCUUAGAAAAACUGAACCUUGGCCCAAAAAAGAAACUUCUUGUGCUUAAUCUUGGAGGUCUGCUGGUUGAUAGGGUGCAUCGUCCAAACGAAUCCGCUGUUCGACGUUACGGCGGAGCCAUUUUCAAGAGACCUUUCUGUGAUCAGUUUUUGAAGUUUUGCCUUGAAAGAUUUGAAGUGGGGCUGUGGUCUUCUGCCAGGGAGUUAGUAUUAAUCUAG